AUGGAGCCAGAGGCAACCUUCACUUUUUUGGAUUACUCCUAUGCUACAAGCCCAAUUCCUGAUCGUGAGGAUGCCCCGUCCCAGGUUCCUUUCACAGCUGUCUUGCUGCCCAUCUUAUAUACCGUAGUGUUCUUGACUGGAGUGUUGGGGAACCUCGUCCUCAUUGGUGCUUUGCAUUUCAAACGGGGGAGCAGACGACUGAUUGACAUCUUCAUCAUCAACCUGGCUGCCUCCGACUUCAUUUUCCUCAUCACGCUGCCUCUCUGGGUGGAUAAAGAAGCAUCUUUAGGACUGUGGAGGACAGGCUCUUUCCUGUGCAAGGGCAGCUCCUACCUGAUCUCGGUCAACAUGCACUGCAGUGUCUUCCUGCUCACCUGCAUGAGCAUUGACCGCUACCUGGCCAUCAUGUGCCCAGUCGCGUCCAGGAGAUUCAGAAGGAGAGACUGUGCCUAUGGAGUGUGUGCCAUCAUCUGGUUCAUCUCCUGCCUCCUGGGACUGCCGACUCUUCUGUCCAGGGAGCUUACCCUGAUUGAUGAUAAGCUACAAUGUGCAGAAAAAGAAGCCACUUCAACUAAACUGACCUGGGCCUUGGUGGCCUUAAUUUUCACUUUUUUUGCCCCGCUGCUGAGCAUUGUGACCUGCUACUGCUGCAUUACAAGGAAACUGUGUGCCCAUUACCAUCGGUCAGGGCAACACACCCGAAAGCUGAGGAAAUCCAUAAAGAUCAUCUCUAUUGUAGUGAUCGCCUUCGUCUGCUCCUGGCUGCCCUUUAAUAUUUUCAAGCUCAUGGCCAUUGUGGCUAAGUUACAGAAAGGGUUCUACAUUUCUUCAGCCAUUCUCCAGCUGGGCAUGCAGGUGAGUGGACCCCUGGCAUUCACCAACAGCUGUGUCAACCCUUUCAUCUACUAUAUCUUUGACAGCUACAUCCACCGGGCCAUUGUGCACUGCCUGUGUCCCUGUCUGAAGAACUCUGAUGUGGGGAGCGGCACAGAGACCUCAGAGAGUCACCUCACUAAGGCUUUUUCCCACUUCGUUCACACGGAGGAUUUUGCUAGAAGAAGGAAGAGAUCCGUGUCCCUCUGA